AUGAAGAUACUUGUACAAUUAUAUAAUAUACAGAUGGCAGGGCGGAUAAUAUUGCUACUGCUACUGUUGUUAACUGUGGCGCGGCAACAUGAUAUGGUGAACGCUCUACAUGUAUCAAAGGAAAUGUUGUUGACAUGGGACAGCAAGAUGGAGGUGGCUUCACCAGUAGAUAUAAUAAUAGGAGAUAAGAUAAUAUGGCAAGCAGCAACAGCUAAAGAAUCCAAGGAUGUGAGCGACACAGAAGCCACCGCCGCCACAAAAGACACAGCUAGCGAGACUUAUGAAGUUUUCAUAUUUGACGAGAAGGCUUUGUACAGGCUUGCCGAGCCAGGUGCUAGAGCAUCACAUGUGUUCAAUAGAAUAGGUCGUUACAAGUAUGGUCUUCGUCGCACUAAUAUGGCUGGUACACCAAAGGAGUUCAUGGUGGUAGUGCAUCCUUCUUAUCCAUGGCUAUCGCCAGAGGAAGAACUCAACCCAUAUGGCAAGGCACAAGAGGAUCUGGAGAAGUUGGACCGCAACAGACGUGAAGAGUUUGAGAAGCGCGACUAUCCCUUCCGACAGCAACAGGAGCAUGAACUUGAUGCUCGUGAGAGAGUCAAGCCUACGUGGAACAAUGGGCCGAUCAUCGAUAAGAACAAGAACAACACAAACAACAACCACAACACUACUACAUCUACAACAACGAAAACAACUACUUCAAUUCAAACGGACGAUAGUGGUAGCAGCCCAAGAGUGCCGAUCGACGUGGAGGAUGGCUUGCCGUUGGUCAACAGAACGACUCCCGUUCCACAGAUCGGAGCGAGCGAGGACCAAGAUAGAGCGGGCCGCCAAGGAAGUAGCAGCAACAGCGCCUCUUCUCUGAGCCAUUUCAACACCACUUUAGAAGCCGGAUGUCUUUCCAAGUUCAUUCUAUUGUUUGUGUGUGUGGCGAUAGCAACCUUA